UCUAUUUGUCUAUACUAAAUUCCAAGAAGGCCAACCACAUUAUUGAAAAUUCCCAUCAUGUCCUAAAACAUUUGGGCUGUGCCACUGCCAACCCCUCUCUAGAUCGGAGACGAUUCAUUCAUUGUUUCUAUAAGGAUCAUAUGGAGAAAGACAAGGUUACAGAAGAAAAGGAGGAGGUAGUGGAAGAAGAAGAAGCAGAUGCAGUUGAGCUGGUUCUGUUUCAAGUCUCGGAAUGCUAUGUUUACAUGAUACCUCCACGGAUUUCUGCAGCUUCUUACAGGGCUGAUGAAUGGAAUGUCAACAAAUGGACGUGGGUAGGUACUUUAAAAGUUAUUACUAAAGGAGAAGAAUGCAUUAUCCGGUUGGAGGAUAAGACAACAGGUGAGCUGUAUGCUCGGGCAUUUUUGAGAGAUGGCGAACCGCAUCCUGUGGAGGCUGUUAUUGAUAGCAGCAGAUAUUUCGUUCUUCGGGUUGAAGAGAAUAUUGAUGGGCGCCUUCGCCAUGCUUUCAUUGGGAUAGGAUUUCGAGAAAGAUCUGAAGCAUAUGACUUCCAAGCUGCUCUUCAUGACCAUAUGAAGUAUCUGAAUAAGAAGAAAACUGCAGAAGAGAUGGAGCAUCAAUACCAGCAUUCUUCUUCAGUCGAUUACAGUUUAAAAGAUGGGGAGACCUUAGUGCUUCAGCUCAAGAAAAAAGAAGGUGGCAGCAGCACAAGAUCCCAGUUUUUCGAGCAGAAAUUGAGUAAUCUUUCUUUGGAUGAUAAGUCUAAAAACAAAGAAACCUCAGUAAGUAUCAAACUGCGCCCUCCUCCUCCCCCACCCCUCUCACCCGUUGAUGCUCCGGAUAGGUCUCCAUUAGGAAUUUCCCCGGAAGCUAGCCCAGGCAAAUCUUUUGAAAACGAGGAAUCACCUGGGGUAGAAAAAUGUCAAGAAGCAGAAGCCCCCGAUAAGAAAGAACAACACGAUGCACCAGAUGAUGAUUUCGGGGAUUUUCAAGCAGCCAGGUAGUGGGGAUGCCAAGAGAGGUUUGCUUGUACUUGAAUAAUGCCAGUUCUUUACCUUUAACUUAGGUGUCGGAGCUUCGUCCUGCAAAUCUUUGGGAGAGUAUGAUCUUUUGCAGUGAGGUUUCGCCUUCCGAUACUACUGUUACUUUUGUGUGUGGAAGUCUUGUGUUGUGUAUAUUCAUUUGUGUCCUGAUCAAACUGGUGCAUUUUUAGAUCUUGCUUUUAGCUACACUCUCCAUCAA